AUGGACAACGAGCAAGCUGAUGAUUCACAGGUUCAGGUAGGUGAUGGAUGUCCUGUUAAACAUUAUGAAUCUGGAUUCUGUGAGAAAUCUCCCGAUCUCUGCUGUGUUAGAGGCACAUUAACGUUUUCGCUUCGCUAUGAUUUCAUUCACCGGGUAUUAAUGGUCCAUGUCAUUCGAGCCAGCGGUAUCCCUGCUGAAAAUUCCGAACCGUACGUAAAAUUGUGUCUGUUACCGGAAAGGCGGAAUCAAUAUAAAACUCGUAUUUUCAAGAAUUCAUCUAAUCCAGAAUGCAACGAAAUGUUUUCAUUUGAUAUCAGUUACGCUAAUUUAUCCAGCAGAAUGUUACAAUUUACUGUGUACAAUUUCGUUCGUCUCACAAGACAUGGUCUCGUUGGCAACGUUAUCUUGCGUGAUUUGUUCGAGAAAUCAGAACUGAGCACGUGGACUGAACAUACUAUGCAAAUUAUCAGCACUCCGGGUAAGGAUGAUUUCGGUGACUUAUUGGUUUAUUUAUCAUAUUCCACAGCUGAUCGGAAACUGUACGUUACGGUUUCAAAAGCAUACAAUUUAAGACCGAUGGAUAUUACGGGUGCUUCAGAUCCUUACGUUAAAAUCGAACAAAUAUACCAGCGACGACGGGUAAAAGUACGUAAGACAUCAAUCAAACGAGCUAAUCUAAAUCCAGUAUAUCACGAGUGCCUUGAAUUUGAUCUUCCUUUGAAUGAAAUUGAAGGGACUAAUUUGUUAGUUCGAGUAAUGGAUUGGGAUAGGAUCGGUCAUGAUGAUUUGCUUGGUUGUUGUGUCAUUGGUAAUAAUAGUCCAAUGCCAGAAGGCAGGAAACAAUGGAUGGAUUGUUUCAGAGACUUAACCAUUAAUGCGAUUUGCGACGAUUCGGAUCGUCAACCGGUUGGUACAUGGUAUAGUAUUCUGGAUGAGGUACCUGAGGAGUUUCGUAAAGUUCCAAAAGCGAAAAAGUGAAGUGCAGUAUUUUAAUGAAUGUAACCUUUACACCAAAUGGGAUAACUGGCUAAGAAAAAGAAAGAAAGGAGAUAAUGAAGGGAGA